CUCUUAUAUUUCAUCUGUUGCUCUUCAGGCUUAAAAGAAGCUAAAGCAGAACAAUGUCUGACAAACCUGAUGUCAGUGAGGUUUCCCAUUUUGACAAGAACAAGCUGAAGAAGACUGUGACACAAGAGAAAAACACUCUUCCCACCAAAGAGACCAUUGAGCAGGAGAAGAAAUGUGAGACAUAAACUAGCCAUGUUGGAUCUUCACCAAGGACUAGAUGUGGAUGGCAGAUUUGUAUAACCUUUUAAAAAGAUGGCUCUUCUUAACCACCAGUCACUAUGGCCAUACAGGCUGAAGUUGGAUAUUGGCCCUGUUUUCAGAUGAUUUAGACCAUUCUGAAAGAUCACCAACUCCUAAUCAUGAAUGAUGUAAAAUCAUGGCUGUUUAACUUGUCUAUUUGAUCUGUUCUCAUUUUGAGCUUUGGUGAAAUAAACCUUUGAAAUGAA